GGAGAGGCGCGGGGGAGGGGGAGGAGGGAAGGGAAGGGAAAAGGAAGAAAAGGUAAUCAGUGCCAGUGAAAUGAACCUGGACCAAAGUCUGUGAGACCAAGUGAAUGCACCCGGAGGGGGGAGGAUGGGAGUCACUUUUUAUUUAUUACUUUGGUUUUGGUGGAGGACCAGGCUCAAGAAAAAAAAAAGAAAAGAAAAGAAAAAGAAAUUGCCUUUUGGGGACAAUGCUAGUACAAUGCUAGUCCAUCGACCAGGAUGCCAGGAUACCAGGAUACCAAGACAGGAUUUAAAUAAGGGCCGGAGAUAUAGGUCAGGUCAGAGUCGCCCAUGUUCAGGCCAGCAGGAAUCCCGGCCCCAUAUCCACGAGAAAUGCCAAGCAGCAAGCAGAGAGCCACUGAACAAGCUCACUCGGCCUAAUGCGGGCCAUGUAUAUUGUCGAGUCGCCAUCAUCCAUCGAUGACCCAUGUGGCCAAGCCAAAGGGGCAGGAGGAGGCUAGUG